AUGUCUCCUAGCGGUGGACACCUGAAGGAUGAGGGUUCCAAAACCCAAGUGGUUGUCGCUGGAGCUAUAGCUGGAUUGAUCGCAAGAUUUGUUAUUGCUCCUCUCGAUGUCGUCAAGAUCCGUCUUCAACUGCAAACACACUCCUUAUCCGACCCUCUUUCGCAGCGAGAUUUGAAAGGUUCCCCGGUCUACAAGGGCACCCUCCCAACGAUCAAGCGUAUCUUCCGGGAGGAAGGGCUUACAGCACUAUGGAAGGGCAACAUUCCGGCAGAGCUUAUGUACGUUUCGUACAGCGGUAUACAAUUCGUGACCUAUCGAUCUGUGACGUUGGCAUUACAGAAGACAUUCGGGGAGAAACGAAUUCCUGCAGCUGCGGAAAGCUUCGUCGCCGGAGCGAGCGCGGGAGCUGUCGCAACAACUGCAACCUAUCCUCUUGAUCUUCUCCGGACUCGAUUUGCAGCUCAAGGGACGGAAAAGGUCUACGCUUCUCUGGCGGCUUCGAUACGUGACAUUGCGAAAAGUGAAGGCCCUAAGGGAUUCUUCCAAGGUCUUGGUGCUGGCGUGGGGCAGAUCAUCCCGUACAUGGGCAUAUUCUUCGCCACCUACGAAACUCUACGGCUGCCCGUGGGAAGUAUACAUCUGCCUUUUGGAUCUGGCGAUGCGGCAGCUGGAGUGAUAGCUUCGGUCAUUGCCAAAACUGGCGUCUUUCCAUUUGACUUGAUUAGGAAACGGCUGCAAGUUCAGGGGCCGACGAGAAGCAAAUAUGUGCACAAGAACAUACCGGCUUACAAAGGCGUGUUCAGAACGAUGAGGGAUAUCCUCAAGGCUGAAGGGCCCAGAGGCUUAUACAGAGGCUUGACAGUUAGUCUGUUUAAAGCUGCUCCAGCCAGCGCUGUUACUAUGUGGACGUACGAGCGUGUCCUACGGAUCCUUCUCGAUUCAGAAAUUGUUGAAUAA